GUUCAGCGAGCCGAAGGGCGCCACAGAGGCCGCCGUGGCCGCUGCCCCGUGGUUUGGCCCCGCUGUUUUGACUGCGAGCCUCCAUGGUGUCGGCGAAGACAUGUGGCGCCUCACGGGACUCCUAAGCCGAACUCUUCCCCGUCUGCUAGGACCUGACCUCCGGGGGGUGACCCCCAAGUCCACCAGCCCAGAUGGGUCUCAGUCUACCUCCUCAACCCUGCUGGUCUCUGUGCCAAGCUUUGACAGGUCAGGCCCCCAUGAUCCCGGUCCCACCACAAGCAGGGGCCCAAGGUCCCAUGGAUGGAAGGAUGCCUUCCAGUGGAUGUCUGGCCGUGUCUCCCCGAACACUGUGUGGGAUGCCAUAUCCUGGGGCACCCUGGCAGUGCUGGCCCUGCAGCUGGCGAGGCAGAUCCACUUCCAGGCAUCCCUGCCAGCGGGACCUCGGCGAGCAGAGCGCAGCUCUUGGCGCCGUCCCCUGGACUGUUUCCUCUCAUCUCGCUUCUGGCAUCCAUGCUCCUCACUGCGGAGGCACAUUCUCCCCACUGACAGCCCAGUUCCCAGCCACCCUGGCCUCAGGGAACCCAGGCUGGGCCAGGAAGAACCCUCUACUCAGCCUGAGAACCUCUCCUCACGUGGCUCCUUGAGAACAGCUGCUCUUCAGGAUCCCUCUGAGGAAGUAGAUCCCAGUGCUGUUGGCUUCCUGAACGCCAGCAGUAACUUCAGCUCCAAGGCCAAACCAGCCCAGACUCAGCCCACUGGUGAGAAGCAGGAACAAGAUAAAUCAAGAACGCUUUCCCUGGAGGAGGCUGUGACUUCUCUUCAGCAGCUCUUCCAGCUCAGUGUUUCCAUCGCUUUCAACUUUCUGGGGACAGAGAAUAUGAGGAACGGGGACUACACGGCGGCCUUUUCCUACUUCCAGAAAGCAGCAGCACGCGGCUACAGCAAAGCACAGUACAACGAGGGUUUGUGUCAUGAGUAUGGCAGAGGCACCUCCAGGGACCUCGGCAAGGCUGUCCUUUGCUACCAGCUGGCUGCCAGCCAGGGCCACAGCCUGGCUCGGUACCGCUACGCCAGGUGCCUGCUACAGGGCCCGGCCUCCUCGUGGGACCCUAAGCAGUGGAGGGCAGUGUCCAUGUUGAAGCAGGCUGCAGACUCAGGCUUGAGAGAGGCUCAGGCUUUUCUCGGGGUGCUCUUCACCAAGGAGCCAUACCUGGAUGAGCAGAGAGCCGUGAAGUAUCUUUGGCUUGCAGCCAACAAUGGGGACUCACAGAGCAGAUACCACUUGGGAAUCUGCCAUGAGAGGGGCCUUGGUGUGCAGAGGAAUCUGGCAGAGGCUCUGAGAUGUUACCAGCAGUCAGCAGCUCUGGGGAAUGAGCCUGCCGAGGAGAGGCUUCGGACCCUCUUUUCUUCCAUGGAGGCAGCAGCCCCCGGGCCCCGGGACCUGGCCGGCACAGGACCGAAGUCCUUCUCCAGCCCUUCCCUCUGCAGCCUGAACCCCCUGCUGGCAGGAGCCUCAUGCCUCCCACAUGCCUGGAGUACAGGGAACCUUGGCCUCCUCUGCAGAGGUGGCCAUCUCGGAGCCAGCCCUGGAGCCCCCAGCAGGCCUGGCCCCCCACAUCCCUGGCCUUUGGAGAGGAGUGUUGUCAGACUGGGUUUUGGCUAAGACCUUCGGCCCCUAAAGAUGGAGCCUGUGGGUUCUCAGAGAGAUACCAAACUUGAGUCCCCAGGAAGAGGCCAGUUACCCGCCAGCCUUCCCAAAGAACCUUAAAUGCCCGCCCCAGCGCAGCACAGGAAGUGUGUGAAGACCCAGGUUCUGGCCAUGACCCUUUGUGUGGCCAUGUCA